AUGAGCGAACCACAGCAACCAAGUUCGUCGAUCUUUACAGUGAAAGACAGAACCAUUACGAAAACAUUGGCAGGCCCUUUGCUAUUCUUUCCACGCACAUUGUGCAUACCACAUCCCAAUACAAGCAUUACCAAGUCCGACGAUCUUUUCCAGGCCUUCUUGUGCAGCAUCUACUCUACUGGACAGGUGACACAAGCCAGCCCAGCGCCUCCCCCCACUGUGACUGCCACAGUGACUAGCAUACUCCAUACUUCCAUUGCGCCACAACACCUUUCCACGCAGCAAAACGAGGCAGCACAGUUGCCCAUCGCCACAACACGACUGUUGCCAUCCACCAAUAUGGGACAACAACUAUUUAUAAACCCCUUUAAGAGGCAUCACAUAGACGAGUUCCCAGGAGUGCUUGUUCCUUUGGCCGACCCAACCCAUCGCAGCUCUGUGAACAACCCUCGCGCCUCAAACGCCACUACCCACCAUCCUGACAACGAAAAAGAACACAAAGAUCGUGACCCAAGCGACACACUCACACGCCCAGGAAGCAAUGCAUCAAGUACCGUAGUUAACUCUGGCAUGACCGUUGAAGCACUCAAAGCAGAGGUCGAGGCCGAGGUUGCGGCUUCGGAUACCGACACUCCUUACGAUCGUAAGUCGAAGGUCAUCAACAGAGCUCUCCAAGACAUGGGCAUGGGAAGGUACCAGUGGCAGCUAUUUGCGCUGUGCGGAUGCGGCUGGAUGGCGGAUAACCUGUGGCUUCAAGGUGUUGCCCUUACACUUCCGCAGCUGUCGGUCGAGUUCGGUGUGAGCGACACUGAAGUCCGCUACACGACUCUCGCACUCUUCCUCGGGUUAUGCAUUGGUGCCUCUUUCUGGGGAAUUGCAUCUGAUAUUAUCGGUCGUCGUCUGGCGUUCAAUUGCACUCUUCUGCUGGCUGGUAUUUUUGGUCUUGCGGCUGGUGGCGCACCCACUUGGAUAGGCACAUGCGCGCUUUAUUCUUGCAUUGGAGUCGGCGUGGGCGGAUCCCUCCCAGUUGACGGGACAUUAUUCUUAGAGUUUCUGCCACAAACAUCUGGUAAUCUGCUUACGCUACUAUCUUUGUUCUGGCCAGUUGGGAACUUGGUGGCCUCGCUGCUCGCCUGGGCAUAUAUCCCCAACUUCUCAUGUUCCAGUGACACUCCUCUCGGACUAUGCCGCAAGGAAGAUAACAUGGGAUGGCGAUACCUGAUCCUCACACUAGGAGCAAUCACCUUCACCAUGUUUGUCGCCCGAUUUUUCCUUUUCCACCUUUACGAAUCGCCCAAGUUUCUUCUGUCGCGCGGUCGCCAGGCCGAAGCGGUGGCGACAGUAUACGGAAUCGCACACUACAACAAGACCCACACCUGGCUCACCGAAGACAUUCUCAACUACGUUGGCGGCAACCCAGAAGCCACCGGCGAAGACGUGAAACUCAGUGUCUUUGAGAUUCUCAAGCGCUCUCUCUCUAGGUUCUCAUUGAAGCGUUUCAGUGCUCUCUUCACAAACAAGACGAUCGGUCUCACUACUGGUCUCCUCUGGUUCCAAUGGACAACCAUCGGUAUGGCAUAUCCCUUGUUCAACGCCUUCUUGCCACAAUAUCUGGCCAAUUCUGGUGGCGACUUUGUCAACGACACAAGCACUGUUUAUCGCAAUUACGCAAUCACCGCCAUAGUGGGUGUUCCUGGAUCUCUUCUCGCUUGUUACACCGUCGACCUGAUGUACAUUGGUCGCAAGGGAACAAUGGCAAUCGGCACCGUCAUCACCGGUGUUUUUGUCUUUCUCUUCACUAUCUCCUCGGAUUCAGACUUCCAGCUGGCAUUCACAUGUCUUGAAGCUUUCUUCCAAAACAUUGCCUACGGCGUACUGUACGCAUAUACUCCAGAAGUAUUCCCAGCCCCUAUCCGCGGUACUGCGACCGGCAUGUCCAGCUUCCUCAACCGAAUUGCCGGCCUUUGUGCCCCGAUUAUUGCUAUUCAGGCUGGGAAUUCGAAUCCCAAGGCUCCCAUCUAUGCUUCUGGGGGGUUAUUUAUUGCAGCAGCUUUGUCUAUGCUGAUACUGCCGAUUGAGACGCGGGGUAAGCAGACUUUCGUAGAAGCUUUAGUUUGA